AUGAAGGCAAAUGCAGGCAUUGUCAUUACUGGACAACGAGUGACGCUCGUGCCGUACGAGAAGGAACACGUGCCCAAGUAUCAUAAUUGGAUGAAAAACCCGUGGCUUCAAGAGAUGACGGCAUCGGAGCCACUGUCGAUCGAGGAUGAGCUCGAGAUGCAAAAGUCGUGGAGAGAAGACGACAAGAAAUGCACUUUUAUUGUGCUAGCAAAUGCUGAGGGUGAUGGCAGUCCGGAGGCUUCAUAUAUCAACGAGAACGCUCUGGAUCGUAUGGCUGGAGACGUCAACUUGUUCUUUAAUGACCAUGACGAUCCCCAUGCGUGUGAGGUGGAAAUCAUGAUUGCAGAAGAGAAAUACCGUCGCAGUGGCUUUGCGGAAGAGGCAGUGAAGCUCAUGAUGGCUUACGCUACGUCGAAACUUAAAGUCAAUCGGUUCUUCUGCAAGAUUAUCGAGACGAACAGCGCAUCGCUUCAGCUCUUUGAGAAGCUGGGGUAUGUCAAGUACAAUUAUGUCCCUGCAUUCAACCAGGUAGAAAUGGAGUUGAUCACCAAGGACAAGCAUGUCAAGCUUGUCGACAAUGUUCUCAAAAGUGCUAUCAUUCAUCUGCCAUAUUAG